CCGCCACGCCUCCUCGCCGCCCCCACCUGCACGUCCUCCGGCCAUUAGCGCGCCUCCGACCUCGCCUCUCCCCCAUCUAGGGUUCCCCCCCCCCCCCCCCCCCCCCCCGGCCGCAGCUUGUCAUGGAGUCAUCGCGGUCUCGGAAGCGAACGCGCCAAGCGUAUGACGACCCCGCCGCGCCGCCACCUGAGCGAGAGGUGGUACCGAGGGGCGGCGAGUCGCCGCCGUGGAGAGAGGACGACCGUGACGGCCACUACGUCUUCGAUCUCGGCGAGAACUUGACCCGCCGAUAUAAAAUUUUGAGCAAAAUGGGAGAAGGUACUUUUGGGCGUGUUUUGGAAUGCUGGGACCGUGAAACACGUGAAUAUGUUGCCAUAAAAGUUGUUCGGAGCAUCCGCAAGUACCGUGAUGCUGCAAUGAUUGAGAUAGAUGUGCUUAACCGCCUCGCAGAAAAUGAGAAAUACAGAUCACUCUGUGUCCAAAUUCAGAGAUGGUUUGACUAUCGUAAUCAUAUAUGCAUUGUUUUUGAGAAGCUUGGGCCAAGCUUGUAUGAUUUUCUAAAGCGAAAUAGAUACCAACCUUUCCCUGUGGAACUUGUGCGGGAGUUUGGACGGCAACUGUUGGAAUCUGUAGCAUAUAUGCAUGAGCUGCGGCUUAUACACACUGAUCUGAAGCCAGAAAACAUACUUCUUGUGUCUUCUGAGUAUAUAAAAGUUCCAAGUUCAAAGAAGAGUUCGCAAGAUGAGAUGCAUUUCAAGUGCUUGCCAAAGUCCAGUGCCGUAAAGCUGAUAGAUUUUGGUAGUACCGCCUUUGAUAAUCAGGAACAUAACUCGAUUGUAUCCACGAGGCAUUACAGGGCACCUGAAAUAAUCUUAGGCCUAGGCUGGAGUUUCCCAUGUGAUAUUUGGAGUGCUGGCUGUAUUCUUGUUGAGCUAUGCUCCGGGGAAGCAUUGUUUCAAACACAUGAGAAUCUGGAACACCUAGCAAUGAUGGAGAGGGUUCUGGGACCUAUACCGGAGCAUAUGAUACGGAACGCAAGUUCGUCUGCUCAGAAAUAUUUUAGGAGAGCGACGCGUUUAAAUUGGCCUGAAGGUGCUGUUUCAAGAGAAAGUAUCAGAGCUGACUUGGUAUCGAGGAGUGCUGACCAUUCAAGGGCAGUGCUGGUGGACUUGUUAUACAGUCUAUUGCGAUUCGAACCAUCGGAGCGUCUCAGUGCCCAAGAAGCUCUGGACCAUCCAUUCUUCAGAAACCCGACAUGACUUGUUGAAGAGGCUCGACUCCGACCCAUGUAACAUUGUACACCAAGAAGGUGGCGAGGAGAAAGCAGGCAAAGCCAUCCGUUGCAAGCUGAAGGCAUCUUGCUCCUCUGUACCAGGAAAUUGAUGUACGCAUGUUGAUAAGGCCUUUUGUGGUGAGAAAGCUGAUGCUUCAGUUGGCCAAUGUAAUGUACACUAGCAUUUUUUCCUAGGGAGCUUUAGCGCGCCAGAUGGCGCUUGUAGUUGUUAACAGGUGCGUCCCAAUAUCCUCAUGCUGUAAUGGCACCGCAGUGUUGAAAAAACGAGUACAAAGGGUAUGGGUCUUGUAUGUCUGUGCUGCGCCCUGGGGUGCCCGUGCAGCUGUGCUCCCGCGGUGCACACACACAUUUGAAAACAAGUAUGACAUACCUCUGACCUGAAAGCUCUACAGAAUGGAUGUCAUGGGUAUCUGAUUUGUUGCA